AAUACAACAUACGUGUACAUGCACAUAUUCAUGAAGUGAACAGGGCCCUCACAACUUACAACCCACAUGGGCAUGCGGUGAGAGAAGCUGCAAUACAUGUAUCUCCAUGGUCUACGGUAUUACUACAGUGUAGCUCUUUGUACUUUAUGGCUUGCAGCAUGUGGAUAAUGAUGUGCCAGGCAUGUCAAGUGAUUUGCUACAACAGCAGCAGAUGGUAUACCAGCAGCAACUGAUACAUCAGCAGCAACAGCUCCUUGCUGCUGAACAGCAGCGUCAGCAGCAGCUCAAAGAACAGCAGCACAUUUUGGAGCAACAGCAGCAGCAGCAACAGCUGUUUGAGGAGCAGCAGCGCCGGCACUUGGAGCAACUGCGUGCACAGCAGCUGGAGGAGCAACAGCAGCAGCAAGCGCUGGCAGAUCAGGCACGCCAGCAGCAGCUCCUGGAGCAACAACGCCAGCAACAGCUUGAGCAGCAAAUGAGGGAACAGCAGAGGGUGGAGCAGCUCAGACAAGAGGAACAGAAGCGGCAGCAGCAACUUGCUGAGCAGCAGCAACAGCAGCAGAUGUUGGAGCAGCGCCGCCUACAGGAGAUGGAGCAGCAACGCCAGUUGGAACAUCAAAAGCAGCUAGAACAGCAGCAGCUGCUAGAACAACAGCGCCAAAAAGAAAGAGAGGAGGAAGAGCGGCAGCAGCUGAUUGAGCAGCAGAGAGCUCAACUGGCAGAGGAGCAAGAGCGACAGAGGCACAUCCUGGAAGAACAGCACCGUCAACGCCAGCUUCAAGCAAUGGAAGAGCAACGCCAUCAACAGCAGCUGCUGGAAGAGGAAAGGCAGAAGGCCCUGAUUGAAGAACACCACCGACUCCUGCAGCAACAGCAGCAGCAAGAGUUGGAAGAGCAACAGCGCCAGCAGCAACAGCAGCAGCAGCAACGUCUCCUGGAAGAACAGCGCCAGCAGCAGCUGAUUGCACAGCAGCAAAGGUUGCUAGAAGAGCAGCGGCAGCGAGAGGAGGAAGAGAGACGACAGCAACUGAUCAUGGAACAACAGAGAUUAAUAGAAGAGCAGCGUCAGCAACAGCUGGAAGAACAGCGGCGGCAGCAAGAAGAAGCUAUGCAGCAGAUGGAAGAGGAGAAACGCAGACAGCAGGAACAGGCUAUGCUUCAGAUGGAAGAAGAGAAGCGUCGGCAGCAGGAGGCAAUGCAACAGCAGCAGGAGGAGGAGCAGAUGCGCAUGGAGGAGCUGCGUCAGCAACAGCAAGAGGCAGCAGCCAGGGAAGAGGAGAGAAUGCGAGCACAGCAAGCAGAGAUGGAAGCCAAGCAGCUGGCAGCAGCAGCAGAAUUGGCAGCCAAGGAGCGCGAGGAGGAAGAGAGAAUUCUGCAGCAGCAGCAGGAGCUUAUUGAGAAGGAGAAGCAGCGGCUGUUGCAACAGCAGCAGGAACGGAUCAGGCAGCGACAGGAAGAGAAGCAGCGUCAAGACGAAGAGACUCGGCAGAAGGUCCUGCAACAACAGCAGAUGCUGGAGGAACAGCAGCGAGCUGAAGAGGAGCAACAGAUGCGCUUGGAAGAGCAGAAGCGGGAAGAGGAGGAAGCUGAGGAGGUCGAGCUGCUACGGCAACAGCAGAUUGCCAUGGAGAUGCAGCGACAAGAAGAGGAGAAGAUACAGCAGCACCAAGAAAUGCUACGACGUCAGCAGCGGCAGCAAGAAGAAGAGGAGCAGGAGGAGCGACAGCGUGAACGAAACAGACCACCGCUCCUGUCAACUCCUCUGAUGGGACAGAGAGGCCUACCUUUACCGCCAGGGAUGGACCGACCCUACAUGCACAGGCCCAGGGGAAUGCCUGGACCACCAGGGGUGUCAGACAGAGAUAUCGACAGCCCAACCCCAGACAGCCGUGAGGAUGAAAAUGACCAAGAUGAUGAGGACAUGAUGAAGGGUAGCGUUGAGCUACCACAGGCCCUGGAGAAAGUGCUUGAAUUCAAGACUGUGCGCGCCCAGGAGCAUGGGGUCACGGAAGAAGAAGACUUGGCUGGGUUUGGAGUGCAGGGUGAUGAUGCAGAGGAGGCCGCAGAGGAGGAUGAAGACGACGAACGAGAAGAUGAUGACGAGGGAUUCGAGGAGGCCUCGUCAGGGGGGCCACAGCAAGCUAAGAAACUGACCAAGAACCAGAGGCGUAAGAAGAAGAAGAAGCGUCGCAAGGCAGCCAAGAAAGUGGAGCAGUUGUUGCAGGCCCAGGAGGGCCCCUCGGUCGACCAGGCAGGGGAGAGCGACCAUGGGGUAGAGGUGGAAUAUGUCCCUGAACCAGUGGACAUGAGUGACCCCAGCGUCAGGCAGUUCAGCAGAAUCUUUGAGGCAUUCAAGUUGUCGGAGCCAGGCAAGCCAGAUUCAGCAGCCAAGGAACCGAAAGUCGAGAAGCUUCCGGAAAUAAAGAAGGAUGAACCUAAGAAGAAGACGUCAGACGAUGAAGACUCAGAUUCUGACUCCGACAAUGAAAAGAAGGAAGACGAGGGUCCAAAGAUGUCCAAGAAGAAAAUGCGUAAGAUGAAUCGUCUGAGCGUGGCGGAGCUCAAACAGCUGGUGCACAGGCCGGACGUGGUGGAGAUGCAUGAUGUGACGGCCAGAGACCCCAAGCUACUGGUCUACCUCAAGGCUUACAGGAACACUGUUCCUGUACCCAGACACUGGUGCUUUAAGAGGAAGUACCUGCAGGGGAAACGAGGCAUUGAAAAGCCGGCAUUUGAGCUGCCGGAGUUCAUCAUGCGAACAGGCAUCAUGGAAAUGAGGCAGGCCCUGCAGGAAAAGGAGGAACAGCAGACAAUGAAGACUAAGAUGAGACAGAAAGUUCGGCCCAAGAUGGGCAAGAUAGACAUCGACUACCAGAAACUUCACGAUGCCUUCUUCAAAUGGCAAACCAAGCCCAAGAUGACAAUCCACGGUGAUUUGUACUACGAAGGCAAAGAGUUUGAGACCCGACUCAAGGAGAAGAAGCCGGGAGAGCUGUCUGAUGAGCUCAAGACGGCGCUGGGCAUGCCCAUAGGCCCUAAUUCUCAGAAGUACCCUCCCCCGUGGUUGAUAGCGAUGCAGCGAUACGGUCCACCCCCCUCCUACCCGAACCUGAAGAUUAGCGGUCUGAAUGCUCCCAUCCCUGAGACCUGCUCCUUUGGCUACCACGCUGGGGGCUGGGGGAAGCCUCCUGUAGACGAAACAGGCAAGCCACUCUAUGGAGACGUCUUUGGAACCAACGCAGCUGACUUCAAGGAGGAGGAAGAAGAAGAGGAAGUGGACCGUACCCGCUGGGGUGAGCUGGAGAGCGAAUCGGAGGAGUCAUCGUCUGAGGAGGAGAGUGAAGAAGAAGAAGGUGAAGAAGGAGAAGUGGAUGAGACGGGACUGAUCACACCGGCAGACGGUGGUCUGAUUACCCCCAGUGGGUUGACAUCUAUUCCCACCGGCAUGGAGACGCCGGAAAUGAUUGAGCUCCGCAAGAAGAAGAUUGAAGACGCGAUGGACCAAGGCGGAGAGACGCCCUCGCUCUACACCAUCCUGCCGGAGAAACGCACCGCAGUGGGCGGGGCUAUGAUGGGAUCCGCCCACGUGUACGAUACCACAGCUGCCAAGAAAGCAGGCGGUGCUGGGGAGGGCGUGGCUAUCACACUGGAUCCCAGCGAGUUGGACUUGGACACUGCGGCCAUGGCUGCCAAAUAUGAGCAACAAGUCCGUGAGCAGCAGAGCCAACUGGAGAAAGAAGACUUCAGCGAUAUGGUGGCUGAGCAUGCCGCCAAACAAAAGAAUAAGAGAAAGAAGCAGAGCCAAGACAGUGGGAAGGCAGCCAAGAAGUACAAGGAAUUCAAAUUUUAGGGUUUUUUUUGUUUUCUUAAUUAUGUUUUAAAUAGGCAUUUUAGAAGUUUACUCUCCAGUUUCAGAUAUUUCAAAGGCUUUGUGUUGGUUAUUUGAUUUCAGAAAAAAAAGGUGAAAUGAAUGGUUGAUUACAUUGAACUUUAAUUAAUAUUUGAUUGCAAGAAGGCUAGCAUUACUACUGGGUACGAACCAUUUAUAUUUUUUUUACAAGUGGAUUCGGCCAACCUCAGUUUUACACUUGAUUUUCUAGGGAACGUUGAUUUUUUUUCAUGGAAACCAUACAAUGAAAACAGGAGAGGAAGUACGCAUUUUUGAAAAUCAAACUUUCAUUUUGGAUGGGUGUUGUAAUUACAUUAUUAAAAAAAACUUUCUUUUUGUAAACCUUAAAGGCCUCUGGAAUCAAUCGAUUUUGACGAAAGUAAACUUACCGAAAUUGAUUCAGCAUGGAUGCCUGAUAUUACUAAAAUGUGACAAGAUUUUUUUUUGGAGCGCCUUUCAGUGUUUGGCUGGUCAGCUUGUGCUUGGAAACAAUUUAGGCACAAAUGAAAUUUUAAAAACGCCUGUUUUGUUUUGUAUUGAAAGAAAGAGAGAAGACAUUGAUAUUGUAAUGCGUGCCAAAUAAUGAGAAUUUUCAUGCUGAAAUUUCAAAUUGGCUCAAAAGGUUCAGCAAUAUCAUUUGGGCCAUCAACUAGCCGACAACAUUUCGGUCUUACAGCUGUGUGAAAAGCUAGAAGCUAUAGACAGUGUUACAUAGUUUCCAAAAUUGGGAGGUCGUUGUCGUGAUGCCAACUUUCAUCAAACAGUUCUCUCCUGCAGUCUGAAUGUAUAUCUCUUGAAACUUUGAAUGGUUUAAUAGUGUUGACAUAACUGUUUAGUGUGGGUCGAAUAACAUGCCGAAAAUGCUUAAAUGCCUAGAAGUAUUUUAAGCAAACAUUUAACAAAUAUUAAGUUCACACGACUGAAACUGUAGUAAUGUCAACUGAAAAACGGCCAACGAUACACUAUUACUUCAAGUGCACAGCAUUUUUUUUCUUAGAACAAUUUUUAAAGUUCUGCUACAUUCCUACAUUUUCGGUCAUUUCUCUAGUAAAAAUGGUCGGCAAAAGUUCUUUUCAAAGAGCCAGUAAUAUUAAGUUGGCCUUUUUUAUGUUGUAAACUUGUUAGGUAAUUUUAAAUCUGAUUACCCACUGUGAAAGAGCCUGCACUGUCUUCAUCUGAAUAAAAGUACCCGUUUGGUGUUUUGUAACAAAG